UGUCACUUCAGUGUCGCCAGCUCAACAAACGAUAGACUUGACUAGACUCAGCUGUUUUGACAUGAUUUUCUCUGUGCUGUAACUAGUCUCUAGGAGGUGUACACACUUGUGUGAGACGCAGAAAAUGCCUGAACAACACGGACGGCUGAAAAAAGACGACGAAAACAAGAUCCGCGUUCAUUACGUGGAAAUUAAAAACAAUAUUGAUGGGAAAGAAUUUACAGAUGAGUUUUACAGUCAAGGUGUUUUCACUUACGAAGAUAAGGAGGAAAUUGACAGGGAAAAAACUCGCUUGGCACGAGCAGAGUUGUUCCUGGGCAAACUUUUUCACUCGGGUCCUUACGGUGCAUACCCUGCCUUCGUAAAAGUAGUAAAUAUUAAAUAUCAAGGUUUAGCUGAGAUAUUUAACGAAGAGAUACCUGCAUCGGAAUAUCCCAGUAAAUAUUAUUCAUGGUUCGAUACGGUGAAAGAUGAAAGAAGAGCUAAAAUCCCCACCGACAAGGAACUCAGCGACCUGGCCCAGUGUUUCAUCUUCAACUGGCAGAACGCCUACCUGGAUCUUGGCUUCACCAGCGGCGAGCUCGAGCAGGGCUACAUCCGGUUGAAGGAGAACGCGCAUGCGCAGAUGACUCAGCACUUGGUGACCUUGAAAAAUAAAAACUCAGCCUUUACCUUCAAGUAUCUGAUAGACAAACUGGUAAACCUGGAAAAGGGCGGUAAUACAUUCUUCGAUUGGGACACAAUCAAGGCUAUUGUCAAUGGAGAUAAUCCAGCACGUUUAGUUAGUUAAACGGAUUUUUUUCUAUUUCUAAAGAUACUUUUCUAAUAUUUGUUUCGGUUCCAUGGAAUUCAUAAAACUAAACGACACUUC